AUUUUUUACUGGGGCGCAAUCCUUUCGGCGAAAACAAGGAGAAGAAGACGAGCCAUUCCAAGCUAUGCAAACUCUACCGAUGUAAAGGGGCGAACUACCUCUUCAACGGCAGUUUCUGACCUGAAACCUUACAGCUCUUACACAGUAGCAAUAAAGGCUUUCAACAGCGGAGGGAAAGGCCCAGCAAUUCCUGGACCUCCGUCAGAUGUGAAAGUGUACCCAUUUGCGUUGUACAUCCUGGUCACGUGGAAACCGCCUGUAGAACCCAAUGGAAUCAUUAAAAAUUACCAAGCGGGAUCUGCUAAAUUCAAGGGUUCAGAGCCUAAAGACACUCCAGUAGAGAUGACCGAGCUAGAAACGUCGAAGAGGAGGUACCUUAUUGGCAAGGAAGUAAAGCAAGAAGAGCUGACAAACUAUGUUGUAGAAAUACAAGCCAAGACCGAACCGGGUUACGGUGCAAGUGUGAGAAUACCCACUAAAACAGUCAAAGUUUCUGCACCUGCCAAGCCCAAAACUCCAACAGUUGAACCAACAGCAAUUGACAAAGUCAGGAUUACUUACAUCUUUGGUAUUGGUGGAGGAUACACUCAUGAAUUCCUUGUUCAGUACCGACUGAAAUUGGAAAAUGAAGAGUUUGUUAACUCAUCGUGGGUCAACUACUUGAAUGAUGAAUUUGAUCUGGAGAUUGGUGGUCUGGAGUCUGCCUUGUACCAGUUUAGAAUCAUCGCAAGAAACGAUCAGGGAGAAAGUCCGCCAAGUGAAAUCACUGAAGCCAGACCCAUGCCGGGAAUUUUGGGUAAGUAA